ACAAAAUUUGGUAAAUAUUUAAAAUAUACUGAUUUUUUUUAUUCUGAUAGUUCAUAUUAUAAUUAUACAUCAUCGCAUACACCAAAUAAAGAUACUAACAGCGGUGAAGCUGCAUUCUGGAAGAUAUUUAGAAAUAAAUUUCUAUUCAAAUUAAUAUUUUCAAAUUUCAAAUUCAAAGAGUUAUUCAGCUAUGAUGAUUUAAAUGGUUCAUUAUAUAUCUUUAAGAAGUUUAGUAAUGGUGAAGCAAUUUUUAGAGAUAAAAUAAAAAGUAGAAAUUAUGUAUCUAGAGACUUUGAUGAUAUAGAGUCAGUCAUUGGCAAAAUCACUAAAAAUACCAAAGAGAAUAGAGAUUUCUAUAGACAACUAUUUCUAAUAAAAAAAGAAGAAUUCAGCAACUAUUCAUACUGGGUGCAAGUAUUUGUAAAUGUUAAAAAUAAAGCUGCAUUUAUCGAAUACAAUAAACUUUUUCAAAUAGAUAAAAGAAAUAUAUCAGUAAAAUUUAAUUCAAAUAAAACGAGCUUAAAACUUUUAAAGAUGAAACCUUUUUUAGAAUCGAAUGGAGUACUAGUAACUGAAUGGUUAUCAAUAUAUGAUGUUAUUAAAGGGUUUUGUUAUUCACAUAAAUUCAAAGAGCUCAUAAAAAUUUACAAGUUUAUAAUCUCUCAAAACUACCAACCAAAAGAAAAAUACGACAAUAUAGUACAACAACUAAAUCACCAAUUAAAAACAAAUCAAUUUAACGAUAUACAAUUAAAAUCAACUAUUCAUACCUUAUCGGAAUCAAAUGAUCAAUUUUUAAAACCAAUUAUUCACAACAUACUCAAAGUGAUAGGUUCAGUUUAUAAUUUAAAAUUCAAUGAUUCAAAGCUAUUAAAACCAUUACAUUACUAUAUAUACUUUAAAGAAAAGUCUAGAUUCCGACAAGUUUUUACAAAUAGAAGAUAUAUUUUAUCUAUGUUCUAUAAUGAUCUACUCAAAGUUACAAAUAGUUCCCAAUGCAUCGAAUAUCAAAAAAACCUAAUUAUAUCCAAUAAAAAUGAGCCAAGAAGAAGAAGGCAAAUUGAAGAGGCCAUUAUUUCAAGCCAUAAUUUAGAACUAAUCGAUUUCAUGUUCGAGCAUUUCGGAUGCCCAUACAUGAAUAUUUGUCUAGUACUAGUUUUAAUUAAAAAAACCGAGAUAAUAGACUACUUUUUCAAUAACCAUAAAGAACUAUUGUUUUAUGACAAUAAUACACUUUGGAUUUACGCGGACAGCAAAGUUAUAGACCAUUUAGAAGAAUUAAUGAAGAGUAUUUCAAGAAAGUUUUUAAUUCCAUGGGCUCCAGAAUACUUGACAUAUAUCCCAAGCAAUAUAGAUUUUUUCCAAAGAUUAGAAAAAGCACUCAACAAUCCAACACUUUAUAUACUCGAAGGCAAUGAAAAUAUUCCCACAAACUCUAUUAAUAGAUAUAAUUCGUAUAUUUCUCCACUUAAUUCUAAACCGGAUUCAUUUAUAUCAAUGUUAGAAAAUCAUUUAGAAAAAUACGGCAUUUCAGAAUACUUUGAUAUCAAACCAAUUUUAAAAAGAAUUCAACUCCAUUACUGGUGUAAAUUCAUAUACUGGAUCUUUCAAGACCUUUCAGACCAAUAUAUUCAAUCAAACAUAUCAAAUGAAGAAUUAACGAUUAAAUCAGGUAUUAAUACAACAAAUAAUCAAAAGUAUGAAAUUAAAAUCAAAUGUUUCACUAAUUGGCAACUGCUUUUAUUUUAUUGUGGUCGUUCAAAUAUUUUAUUUCAAAACUUAAAUUCAAAUUCACAGUUAAAAGAAAAUUUAUUUAAACGUAUUAAUUUAUUUAGAGCCAAUGUAUUUCCAAAUUUUCUUGACCAUUUAUCAAAAUCAGAUUUCCAAAGUGAAUGGUUUAGAAGGUUAUUAAUAAUAGCAGCAAAAAAUGGUCGUUUUGAACCUUUCAAAGUCAUAUCAAUCAAACACGAGUAUUUAUAUUAUGAAAAAAACGAUAAAAGUGGUCUUCCCAUAAUCAAUAGUAAUCAUUUUAGUAUUCUCAAAUCAAAAUGUGUUAUAGAUGACCUCAGCUUUUUAUCUAAAUAUUUUAAAUAG